UCCCUCAUUUCUGCCAUAAAAAUCAUUGCCCGAGUCAAGAAAAAUCAGUAGUUGCCGGAACUCAGAGACAGUACGAAUCCGAGUCACUUGGAUCGGCGAUGGCUUCCUCUUCCGAUCGCGAAACAGCUGUCUACGUCGCUAAACUCGCCGAGCAAGCCGAGCGCUACGACGAGAUGGUGGAAGCGAUGAAAAAGGUAGCGAAAAUGGAUGUUGAGCUCACAGUAGAAGAGAGGAAUUUGCUAUCGGUAGGGUACAAGAAUGUGAUUGGUUCUCGAAGAGCUUCGUGGAGAAUCUUGUCAUCAAUUGAGAUGAAGGAAGAGUCGAGAGGGAAUGAACAAAAUGCUAAACGGAUCAAACAGUACCGUCACAAAGUUGAGUCGGAGCUUACCGAUAUUUGCAGCGAUAUCAUGACCGUCAUUGACGAACAUCUAAUUCCCUCGAGCACAGCUGGCGAAUCAACCGUGUUUUACUACAAGAUGAAAGGGGAUUAUUAUAGGUAUCUUGGCGAGUUCAAGACUGUUAACGACAGGAAAGAGGUCGCGGAUCAGUCACUGAAAGCAUAUGAGACGGCGACCACAACUGCUGAAGCGGAGCUAGCUCCAACACAUCCAAUUCGCUUGGGUUUGGCUUUGAAUUUUUCCGUCUUCUACUAUGAAAUCUUAAACUCACCCGAAAGGGCAUGCCACCUGGCAAAGCAAGCUUUUGAUGAAGCAAUCUCUGAGCUUGAUACACUGAACGAGGAAUCGUACAAAGAUAGCACCUUGAUUAUGCAGCUUCUGAGGGACAAUCUCACACUAUGGACCUCUGACAUCUCCGAGGAUGCAGAAGAAGCACCAAAAUUGGAUGCUAGCUACAAACCUGGAGAUGAGGAUGCAGAGUGAAGUCGGUGGAUGAUUAGAGGCAGGGAAGGGCCCGAGGAAGACGAAGGGGGAGUUUGUUGAUACUUUGUGUUUUAUUUAUGGAUUGUUUAUUUUAUUAUGUGUGAAUUGGUGUUGGCUUGUUGUUGUUUAUAUUGGACGUGUCCAUUGUGUUUGGAUGUGGGUGUGGCUUAUAUAGGUGGUUUAAUUUUAGUGACUGCCUUAGCCUACAUGCAAGUUUCCGUGUUCGUUUCGUUUCGGACGCAGUCGAUCUAAUCUAUUCGAUGUUUCUUUCUCCUCAC